UCUUUGCCGCCAUGCUAUCCCUUGGCGUCGUCGCCGUCGUCGCCUUAGCCCGCACAGUGUUGGCAUGCGACCUGUGGGACAGCAGCAGUUUGCGAAUUUCAGGACUCCGACAGCAUCCGGAGUACAACGGUGAGUACCUGCGUGACAGAGACGUGCAUCAAUACCCCAGUUUCUGGCAACGCGAUCCUGAGAACUCCUGCGGAACAGCCAUGAGGAAGGGUGACUGCGGCGCGCUGGAAUGGCAGAUGCUUCCAGCAGGCAAUGCUUCAGAGUCUGCCUGUUUGGCAGCGUGUGAAGCGGAAUUGCAGCACGGCUGCUGCCGCUUCGGCCCCGCGCCCCUGGACGGCGACGCUGGCGCGGUGAACGUCGCGGUGCGCUUCGCGGGCACCGCUGCGCCGGGAGGCGCGACAUGCUGUUAA